AUGGAUGAUUCAUUAUUAAGGCUUCAACCAUUCCAUAUAUCUGAGCAUAUAUGGAAUGGAGCUGAAGAUAGGGUUCUGAAGGUUAGGAGUGCAAAACAAUCAGAGUUGCGUGGUGGUGACAUUUCAGCUGCUGUUCAGGAUCUUCUACAGAGGGCUGGUUUUAUGGGGAUGGCGCAGAUUAGUUACUUUCCAGUGGACAAUCACUUAAUAUCUGCGUUAGUUGAGCGAUGGAGACCAGAGACCCACAUGUUUCACAUGCCCUUCGGCGAGUGUACUAUCACGUUGGAGGAUGUCGCAAUUUUACUUGGGUUGAAGAUCUCUAGGGCACCUAUUACUGGAUACGCAACUAUGGAUUGGGGAGCUCUUGUGCAACGCCUUCUUGGCAUGACACCCCCUGAGGCAAUGGUUUGUGGCGGUCGAUUGAGGAUGAGCUGGAUUGAUCGGCACUUUUCGGAUGUUUCUGAGCAUAUACAUAGCCAGGAACAAUUGGAACGUUAUACUAGAGCGUUCAUUUUACCUUAUCAAUAU